AUUUCAAUUUAAUAUCAAACACUUUUUAUCUGUUUCGAUAAACAAAUCAUUUCAACUCAUCUCAUAGAAAAUGUUCAAAUUCGCUGUUGUCAUCUUUGCCGUCAUUGCCUGUGCUGCUGCCAAACCCGGUUUAGUUGCUCCUUUGGCUUACACUGCUCCUGCUGCUGUUGUUACUGCUCCUGCCGGUGUUGUUACUGCUACCAGUAGCCAAUUUAUUGCCCGCAACCACAAUGGUAUUGUCUCUACCCCUGUUGUUGCUCCAGUAGCUGCCCCUGUUGUAGCCAAAACUUUAGCCUACACUGCUCCUGUUGCUGCUGCUGCUUACACCACCCCAGUUGUAGCCAAAUACGCUGCUGCCUACACUCAUCCUUUGGCCUACUCUGCCCCUGUUGUAGCCAAAUAUGCCUCCGCUUACACUCAUCCCUUGGCCUACUCAGCUUUGAGUUAUGCUGCUGCCCCAGUUUUGUUUUAAAAACUGAUUUGUCGGGUAAAAUUAUAAGAUGUUGAUAUGAUUUUAAAGAAAUAAUAAAAAAUAUAUAUUUA